GAAAAAGUGGCAACUCAACACUUAUCCUUUAACUGACGUAAUAUAUAUAUAGGGCACCUCAUCCAGUUACCGACAGAGUUGUACGGAGGAACAGUAAUCGAUCAUGAAGCAACUGUUGCUGGUCUGUGCGGUGGCAACCAUCGCCUCCCCAUCACUUGCUGGGCCGUCUGGAUACGGCUACUACGACCCAGUGACGUACACCUACAAAAGCUUCCACAGUCCAAUCCACACCCCGCCCUUAGUUACCUCCGAGAAGUCUGAUCCCUUCAUGGGCGUCUCAUCAUAUAGAGUGUUUGAAGGCACCGAUCUUACCCGCGACGAGCUGAUGGCUAUCAUCGGCAGUGGAUUUGGCCCGCUCAUGAUGAUCUCUCUGUACCCGAACCACAGGUCCGGAUUGAAGGAGUACAAGGACGUGAGCAUGGCAAUGGUGGAAGCCUCCCGCCAAGUGCUGGAGUCUCGCGUCCGCAACGGUCAACACGUGGACCCACAACGGUUCGUGAAUCUGGAAAACGUGGAGAAGCGACUGCCCGCUGUGCUGGACGCGAUGACUGAUGUCUUCGACGGAAAGGUAAACCCGCGCUACUCUCUGACAAACCUCUUCAAGGUUUAUGACUUCGGGCCUGCCGACAGGUCCAGGUUCAGGCAGAGGGUGCUGAUGGCCAUCAGCAGGGUGGCCUUCCAAGCUAAUGAAUCUGCCAUAACGGAUAAUCUGAAGGACGCAUCCAAUGUUUUCCUCAAGGCCCUCAGAGAGUACCUGGAAGAUCGCGUGGCCAGCGGCAGGCAUGUGACUCAGGAUCAAUACAAUCGUCUGGAGAGAGCAGAAAAACUGAUGCCAUCUCUCAUGCGGGCCAUGGAGGGCAUCGCUAAUGACCCGCAGGUCGUCCAGUUUAUGAAGGAACUGCACCUUGACGCUACAGAGAAGGCGAGGCAGCUUGUCCUUUGCUUCUUCGCUUCCAUGGACGCAUUGUUCAAGGAUCCCAAUCGCACUGUGGGGACAAUCAUGCGUGACAUAGUGCUCGCCUACAUCCCCUCAGCCCGCCAGGUGUUCCAGGACCGCAUCGCGCUGGGCCUGCCCGUGUCGCAGGAAGACAUCGAUAAAAUGGAGCACAUGGAGCAGGUGCUGCCCAUCAUGCUCACCUCAUACAUUGAGAUAGGGGACGACAUGGGCAUCUAUUAGUCUACUUCUUUAUAGAAACAUUGUCUCAAUGUAUUCUUGCCUUUGAUACCUGUCAAUCUUCCUUUUUCCAUAUAUCUUUCAUUAAGAUGUAACUUUUUUUUUUCUAGAAUUCCUUGGGGUCUUAGUCUAAUUAAAAAAACAAAAAUGUAUUUUUUGGUCAGAUCAAAUUUACCUUUAGGUUAUAAUUUCAAAGGUUAUGGGAUUUUCUUGUAACAAAUAAAAAAAAAAUAAACAUUAGCAAAUUUUGUAGAUAUUUCAAAUAAAUGUUCAACAGCAUCA